CGUGUGUGUUGCAGAGCCAGGGUGAAAUCCGGCGUGAAGAUUCUGGACGCGUCGUCGAGCAACCCUGACUGGAUCGUCGACAGCAAGAUCAACGCGAAGAACACGAUUGCCACGUUCACCGCCAGGCGAAAAGAGAACGCAUCGCGAUUACCAAGCGCAUCGGCGGAGGAGAUUCUAACGAUGCUUUUGGAGGCGAGCGAGGAGGGGGUGGAAGGGAAUUGGGACGGUGGUCGAAUCGUCUGGAGCGUACGUUACGCUUUCGAUAACGACUCUCAGCUAAAUGGGAUGGAUCAGCAGAGAUUGCAGCAGAGACAGAUGCAGCACCAUCAUCAUCAUCACGCCGAGAGGCGAAAGCUACAGGUCCGCCUCGAAAUACAGAAAGACGACAUACAAGCUGUGUUGCCCAUAUCCAAGAACUGGGAGGUGAUGAACACCGCGGUGUUGACGGGUCGUCAAGUGUCCCAGGGGAUGAAGGUGUUUAUCGUGAGCCAGGCUGGAACCGUGGCCGACGUUACGUUGCAGUCCUCCUGUCACUCGGAGGACGAGAGCGUGCUCAAGGUGUCGUCCUCGUGUAGCAGCGUGUACGUGGAUGGCACGGAGAUACGGGGCUCGAGCAACGCGUCGGUUCUCGUUAAGUACGGCACUUACACCGGGCUGGCUAAAUUCACCGUUUGGAUGCCGGAAUUCCCGCUGGAGAUGACCGUGGCGGACACCAGAUUGAGUCAGAUUAAAGGCUGGAAGGUGCCCGAGGAGCACGCCGUCGGUACGAAGAGCAAACGCAGCUUGAACGCCACGAACUCGCGGCAGAACGACUCGAGGACCAGCAAGAGAAGCGCCACCGAAUUGGAGGACACCUCGAUGGACAUCGAGGACACGGACGUGAUCCUCGAGGAGGACGAACAAGAGGAAAGGUUUCGAGGGAACGAUGGGAACGGAUGGGAUGCGAUCAAUUCCAUAGACAGAGGGCCCUCUACCAACUGUAGACUCCGGUUCCAACAGAGCCCGAUCGAAGUACACGCGAGAUUUUUGGCCACCGAUCACGAUUCCGGAAGGGUGUCCUAUUUCGUGAACCGUCGUACUUGGUUGCGCGUGACGGACCUGGUGAACGGGAUGCUUCGCGUGUCCGACCCGAGAAUCGCUGACUUGCUGCAAGGGAGGAUUGUUCAAGGUCGCGGAGUAGGUAGAACGGAAGUGCAGGUUCUUUCGCCGAUUACGAGCAAAGUAAUCGGCGCGAAGGAGGUGCGAGUGGUUAACGAUCGAGUGGCGGUCACCAGGCUGUCGGUUAGAGUGGUGUCUGGUUUACAGCUCACUAUCAGUCCGGACACAGCUAUAGAGAACGGAUAUGUUGCAGAGACGUCGGUCACGAGGAAACUCACUGCUCAAUAUCAGGAGGGCUUGCUAGACAUAGACAUGGAAUUUUCGGACGGUACGAGGACACCGCUGCGAGAAAUCGCUGUGAACGACUACCAUUUGUUAGUGGAGAGCCUGGACCCGGAGGUGGUGGCGUUUGCGCCGAUGGUCGCCUCUCAUCAUCCUCGAGUGAUCGCGGUCGGCGAGGGACGAGGCGAUUUGUUACGAGUCAGCCUUCAAUUGGCUGACGCCUGUCGCCUAACCGGCAGGAGGUCUGGGAAAGGAUCGCAAAGAACGACCGCCGCAGCCCUGGCCAGCGCCUCGGCCAACGUCGAGGUGGACUUUGCCUCGAGCGAUCUUCCAAAUCGACCGGAGUUCGUGCAGAACGACGGGGGCGGUACGGUCGGUUCUCAUCAUCACAGGGAAAGGAAGACUAGCAGGGGAGAAAUGUCGCCCGACUUGCGCGAUAUUCUCAUCGGGCUACCGCUGAAAGACGAGAACGGGCACGAGCACGAGCACAAGCACGAGCACGAACCUUUGGUGCAGGCACGGCAGCACCGCACGGCUAUAGCUAAUGGCAUGUCUUCAGGAGGAAUGGGCGGCGUCGGGAUACGGCAUCACGGUGGAGCGCGUAUGAGCCCGCUCGAGAUCGGCAUGUACGUCCUUCUGGCGGCCUUCUGUUUCGCCAUCGUCGUCUUCGUCGUCUCCUGCGUGGUGUACGCGAGCAAGUUCAAGCCACAGCCGCCUGACUCGCCGUUAGCCGGAUCGGCGCUUCCGGUGCUGUCGGGCGCAGCCAGGGCCAGAGCAGCAGCCAACCAGCUUGCAUCGGGCAGGAGACCUCCCAGAGAGUCGACCACGAACGCGCACGACUGGGUAUGGCUGGGCAGAGCCACCCUCGAGAGAGCCGCUUGCGGACCGCAACAGGUAAGAGUGACUAGCAACCCUCUGGCUGGCGAGAACGAGGGAGAAGCAGCCGAGCUGGCAACUUGCUUCGACAAUCCGAACCAUAUCGAGCUACCAUCGGCUGGACAACGUAGCAAUGGAUCCGGGCCAAUAGAUACGACGACUUAUUGCAAGAGAGACAAGCUUCCGCGGAACAGUUUCGCGACCAAGCCGGUAUCGAAACCAUCGACCAUGGUGUCGGCAACUACAAUCGCCACUCCAGCAUCCAUGGCUACGUCCACCGUUCCUUCGACGCGAAACGACAACGACGACAUCCCGCCACCGUUACCACCGCACGGGAUUCCUGUGAGUUCGGCGAUGGCCUCGGCCACUGCAGCUGCCGCGACGACCAACAACAACGGCAACGAGGACUACAAACCGCCGGUGCCGCCUCACAGGAACACGGGGGUGAUCGUACGACUGCCGGAAACACCCAGGAAACAUCGUCACAGGGCCUCGAGCGGCAGCCACCACGGGAACAACCAACGUCACAGCAAGCAGAUUCACCAUAUCAAACCGCACGGUAAAGCUAGAGUAGGUAGUCCGAAAGAAAACGACGCGGAGGACGAGGAGUUCGUGGAGCUAGUGAAUCACGAUGACAACAGGCAUUCGAAGGACGGGAGAGCCAGAGAGGUGAAGAGGGCGACGAUCGUCGGUAAUCCAAUGUUCUCGUCGUUCUCAACGAACGCGGUCGCCUCGUCGAUGAACGUGUCCAGCCCGACCGUGGCCUCAUCGUCCUCGUCACCGCCUAACUCGUCGCCGUCCUCCUCCGCCUCCUCCUCCUCCUCCUCGUCCUCAACGUCGUCCGCGUCCUCGUCCCACGAGCAAGAGGAGUCGGUGGCGCUGGACGACCUGAACCUGGGCAUGGACUACAACCAGAUCAUGCAGUACUUCGACAACCUGAAGGAGUCGAACGCCUAGGUGAUGGCGUUCGGCCUCGAAGAAGGCCGAGUAGUCAAGGUCGAUGCGAAACCCCGGAAACCUCGUUGACCGGGCAAACGGCGUUACGGAUACGAACGAAGCUUGGCCGUUGAACGUUUUCUCCGCUUCCUCCUCUCGCCACGUUAGCACGUUCGCAAUGGAGAACCAACCUCGUUGGCCGAGCUCGACCGCCGUUCGAACGACCGUUCCGGAAGGUUUCGUAUUCUAUAGGCUAUAAUCUAGUCAGCUUCCUAGCAGCACAUCAAGAGUAUCGCGCAAAACGCAAAUGGACACGAGACACACACACACACACACAUACACACACGCACGCAUACAUACGAAACAAACGUACAUAUAUACAUACAUACAUGAUCACACGCGUACAGGGAGGAAGACAGCCGCGACAAGGAGACACGCUAGCUAUAAAAAGAGCGUGUUCCCGACACGAAUCACAUAUCGCGCGUUCGAGUAAUUCGUGCGUUCUCUGGUACGUAAUAAAUAAUAAUAAUACCCGCGUACGUAAUAAAAAUUAACACGAAUAUUUCGUACAUACGUAUUUACGUAUAUUACACACACACGCAGAGGCUUCAAACGUGUGAUCGCCGAUGGCCGGGGCUAGGUAGAUCGCGCGCCCGAUUCGACCACUUUCGCUCUUCUCCAUUUCCUCGAUCGAUCGAAACCUCAGCCGAUCCUCCUCGCUUCAGCCUCCGUGCGCUAUCGAUCUCCUCGCUCAAGCCCUUUUCCUCACGGCAAUCGAACGAGCUCGAUUUUUCCACCCCUUUCCUCCCCUUUCUUUCUCUCUCUGUCUCUGUCUCUGUCUCUGUCUCUCUCUCUCGUUCCUGCCACGCGACAGGGCGGGCAUUCACCAAAAUGCGGCUGGACAAAAACCCGACUCCUCUUUUGUCUCGAGAUCGAUCCGCGGCCUCGACAGCGAUGUUCGAACCGCCGCCGAAUGGCGCUCGUCUCUUCUUUUUUUUUUUUUCGCGUCGUCUUUCCAUUCUCUUUUGUGUGUUCAUCCGUGUGCUCGAUCCAUCGUCGAUUCCUAACGGAAAGAUAAAGCUUCUCUCCGCUCUCGUGUCCUCUCCCCCCCCCCCCAUCCCUUCAAGGUUUUCCCGUCGUUUCACCGAGUUUUAUUUUUAAACAGUCGCUCGCGCCGAGUCUUCCCGACCGUAAAUUCCAGUCGCGGCAACGAGCCGCGAAGAUCGAUAUCGAGAGAAGCGACGUCGGGUACCAGGGCCAUUUUGCUUUUUCUUUCCGAUCUACGCCGCGGGGAGAACGAUAAUAUUUAUUCGAUCGCUCGUAACAUCAGAAUGUUUGUAAAUUUUGCUUUGUAAGACUGUGUACAUAUAUAUAUUAUAUAUAUCGCGACCUAGCGCAUGUUAAUUAUGAACUACAACUGAUUGCAAAUUUGUAUGGCAAACUCCGUAGAAGCAAACUAACCGCGCAUAUCUAAUCGCUCGAUGGAGCCGAGCGAAAACGCGAGUAAGGGCCGCGUGCACCUUUCGAUCUUUCGGCGUUUCCCCUCUCUUCUUGAGCCUCAUCGUUUUGUACGAAUCUCGUCGCGAAUCGCUCUUCACGUUCCUCGUACGAACUUAUUUACCGUUCGUAUCUCGACCUGACAUAUUCCACGCGCAUACAUGGAGAUUUGUCUGAGAACAAACUGAGGAGAAUUUCGUCGUGUUAGAACGAAACAGGUCGUUGGGAUACCUUGUUAACUCGUUAAUCGGGGAGAUCGAAUGUAAACUCCGCUGAAUGUAAUUUUCCUAGCAUUUCUGUUGUAUAAAUUGUAUUUUAGUUAUACUUGAAAAUCAUAUUUUAUAAAGAUGUAUCGUCAUUGAGUGAUUAGUCAAUUUUUAAUGGACUUCUUUUAGCUCAAAAAUCGAACAACGUACCGUAAUACAACAGAGUUUCGCGAUUAUUCCUUUAUGAAAUCUCUACUACGGGAAUAUAAAUUAUCAUUUCCUUUUUUCCGUGAUCUUUAUUCAAGGAAUGAAGUCGAUUUAAUUUUGCUCCGUUUCUCCGACCGCAUCGUAUUUUUCUUCCAACGGGACGAGUCCUCUUUGCAUUUCCUGCAAAUCUAAAUUUCUUUUCCUUUUCUUUUCUUUUCUUUUUUUUUUUUUUUUUUUCAAAUUGCUCGUCGAAACAAGAGCAAGAUCACAAUGUAAAAGUCAGUUAAUUUCUCUUUAUUAAUUCCUAAUUCUGUAAUCGCGACACAGCGUACAGUUAGAGUCAGAGGAUGGCCUGGUUAACGAGUCAAGGAGGGCGGGAGAUUAUCGGAAGAUCUGCAAGCUGCAAAAUGGGAAACGCUAAUCUCCUAAACGAGUUCGCGCCGGCCCGAGACGCUGCUCCGAUAUCGCUUUUAAUUACUAUUCGCCCCUCUCUCCCAUCGAUUGGAUUCCGCAAUUGUCCCCGUACGUGCCACCGGUCGCGAGUGCACGUUUUAAACGCGUCGCGAGUCGGUGCACGUGCUUCCUCGCGUGAAUGCAAGCGCAAUCGCAUCUGUGCCAUCGUUAGUUACAUCGUAGAUGUAAUCGUCCUCGUUCAUGUUCGUCUAUACAUACAUAUAUACAUAUACACUUGUACACCCAGAGAGAAAGAGAGACUGGAAUGGAAUAAGUCCACGUGAGAGAGAAAGAGAGAGAGAACGAAUGAAUGGAUUAGAGAGAUAUGCAAACUACACGCACACCUUAUAGCUUUCGUUCUUCCGCACCGAUUUGAUUUCCUCUUGUGAAUCCAAUCGCACGCCUCCUUCCUCCCUGCCAUCGUGAACAGUUAUUCGACAGGCUAACCCGUACUCCAAAUUUUUUUCUAAAGUCAUUUACGAGUUCUUUUCUUUCUUUUUCAGGAAGAAAGAGUUUCUCUGUUCUUUACACUUCUUUGAAUUCGUUUCACUACCUAUAUCGUAUACCAUUUAAACCAGGUAUUUUGAAUUCUGUUGUAUUGAAAUUCACUACAUACAUCUUUGGUAUUUUUACCCGUCACAGGCAAUUAUUUAUUUCAAUUACAUAAAUAACUCCAGCACGAAGAUUGGAAAAUUUAGAGAAAGAUUGUUCUUCUUACGUGUAAUAUGAAAUUUGAAUCUGUGUAUUCUCUCUGUUGGUUUCUUCAGCGUGGGCCUGUUUAUAUACAAGAACGAUCGUAUCUUGAGACGAUCAGCGAAGGUGCGCAGGAAUCGUAACAAUCCGAUCUAUAAAUCCACGCGAUGCCUAAAGGAUCGCUCUAUCUUAUAUAGGCAUUUAAGGACUAUGUGUUUAAGUAUGUAUGUAUCUGUAAGUUGUGUGUUAGCAUGUCAAGCGUGAGAUAUAGUGAUGUAAUGCCGAUGAACACUUAAAAAAGAAAAAAAAGAAAAAGAGAGAAAGAGAAAAGACGCCCGAGUCGGCGUUUAGAGCACGCGAAGGCACGUCAACCCUUUGCGAAGAAGUGAUUUUUCUUUUUUUAUUUAUUUAUUUUGUUAAUGAUAUUUCCUUUAUCGAAGACUCUGAUCUUUUUAAAUUGAAACAUUUGUCGAUUAGAAAUAUAACGUACUUUCCAUUUCGUACUAACAUUCCUUCAUUUCCUUAAAUCGAACGUCGCGGACGAAUGUUCUCACCCUCAACGCUAGAGCUACCAAAGUGAUCGAGAUAAAAAAAAAAACGACUUAAAUAAUAAAUUCACAACGAUGCGACUUUUCUACGUUUGAUUGACUUUUUGAUUGAUGCAAGUUUUAUAAACUGUAGUCGCCGGUAGUUCCAGCGCCGAAGGAGACAGCAAAGGGUUAAAGGGCAGCCGCAGACAACGUAAGAUACCCCGCCGAGAAUCUAGUCUUAUAGCGUAACUGAUGCAUUAAUUAUUAAAUACUAAUGAACGCGAAGCGCGAUCUACAUUGCCUUUCGCCUGACUAUUACUAUACGUAUCCUCGAAUCGUCUGGCGGGGUGAAGUGGCGGUCGUUUUCGCAGCUCUGCCCGCGGCCAUCGUUUCCCUUUUCCCUCGAGGAGCAAUCGAGAGACGACUCCUCGCGCCAUCGAGACAGCGGGACGUUAAAACGAAUCAAUCAUAUCGAGUACCGUGAGAAGUGAGACAACAAGCGCUAAUUUACUCUUAAAAUUAGAACGUACGCCAGGGAAUCUCGUCCUUCGGACGAGACGAGCACGGGAAGAAAGAAAAAAAGAAAGAAAGAAAAACAUCAAUCCCCCCGUAGGACGAGGAAUCCCGCGCAGAGCCGGAAAAAAAUAGUAUUUACGAUAGAAAAUAGUGGAGUGCUUGCGAAGCUGUUUCGCGCGAAACGAAAAGCUGUUGGAUGUUUCGCUUUCUGCGAUGUUUAAAAAAGAAAAAGACAAAAAAACUAAAAAAUAAAUAAAUAAACAAGCGAAACCGCCCCCAAUUCGCCGUUACACUAUCAACGUACAAACGAUCUUACAGUUACUAUUUUUUACUUAGAAUACUAUUUCCUCCAGCUCUGGCUACGGCCAAAAACACACUGUAUAUAUAUAUAUGCAUUUCGUUUGAUUUCUCGUUCGAAAUUCAGCGAGAUUGCAAGGAGGAACGACAUAAUUCCUGUUCCUUGAUAACACUCGCUUUCGGUAAAUUCAUCUCUGCUUCGUUCGAUCAUUUGUUAAUAGCCUUCACUUCGGUGAUCUAACUACGAUCCGCAAAAUGAAAUUGCCGAGUCUUUUCGAAGCACGAUGCAACUCAUAGCGCCGAAUUUUAUAAUAUUUACACGAUAACUCUCUCGAGGAGCUUUGUUUCAAUGCAAGAUGAAAUUCGCUGGAUCCUCGAGUUCACUCUCGCUCACGGGAGGGGGUGGGGGGGGGGGGGGGGGGGCACCCACUGUUUGAGUCGAAACUGCCGGUCUCUCUUUUCUCCUUUUUUUAUUUUUGAUAAGUUCCCACCGAUCAGGGAGGAUUAUAUUAUAAAUAUAUAAAUAUAUAUAUAUAAAAAUAUAUAUAUAUAUAUAUAUAUAUAUAUAUAUAUAUACGUAUAUUGUAAUAGAAUAUCGUCGCAAUGCUGAAUUCUGCAUUCACACACAUUCCUCAAGACACGAUGUCGCUGUAUCUACGUUAAGUGUGAUAAAUGCGGAUAAAAUAGAUAAACGAUUGACGAGGCGUCGACGGCAACGACGACGACGGCGACGGCGACAAAAGCACGACGAGGACGGCGAUGACGACCGCGUCCACGACGACGAUGGCAAUAAUCGACGAUGCUCUCGCGUAUCACUUGCCCUCUUGCAAACGCUCUGUGCAUAUCUAUUUAUCGUUCUUCUCCAGCUGAAAAUGAGUCUCAGAUUUCUCGUGAAUAACCGAAACGCUUGAGAACCCUGAUUCACUCUGUACUUAUCGAUUAGUCCUGUAUAUUUAUUGUAUUGCGAAGGAAAAGAUGAUGAUUAUCCUUAGUCUAUCACACGAUCAUAAUCAUCGUUGCUGUUAUUGUUAUUGUUAUUGAGAUUGUUGUUGUUGCUGCUGCUGUUGUUAUCGCUGUUUUCGACACUGUUUUACCCUGAUCGUUUGGGGUUGCCGUCGUGGUGGACGUCGCCAUCGCCAUCGGCAUCGGCGUAACCGAUACGCUAAUUAAACAAUAAGAUACGACUAUCGCCUACUCAAUGUACAAUAUGUAGUAUUUACCUGUUGUUACCACCAAACCGUCAUCAAAGAUAUAUAAAAUAUUGUAAUUGUAA